AUGGCUGGGGAAAAAAAGAAUAGCGACAUUUUGAAUAUUACUCCUGCGGUUGAUGGGGCUAGUGAUCCGAGUACAUGCAAACGAACCGUGCAUCCCGACAAGAUGGUCUUUUUUGACAACUCGGGGGAGCGACAUGAAAUUUAUCUUCCAAAGGAAACCUAUCAGAGGGCUGUUGACCUUUCCCAAGCGAAGAAUUGGGAUGAACUCUCUAAAUUUCCCACAUAUGCCGGCCAAGGAUACAAAGAAUAG